AUGAGUAAAACAAGUAUAUUUUCUAGCGUUAAGGUAGAACAAAAUUUCAUUUUCUCAGAAAUUGGCAUUGGGAUUCCAGCCAAUGCCUUCCUCCUGCUCUUCUACAUCCUCUCAUUCCUGCUCAAGCACAAGCUCAAGCCCACCGACCUGACCAUCGGGCACUUGGCCCUCAUCCACCUGGUGAUGCUGAUCAUCAUGAGGGUCAUAGCCAUGGAUGUGUUUGAGUUCCAAGAGAUGUGGAAUGACAUCACCUGUAAAACAGUUUUUUACUUCUACCUGGUGCUGCGGGGCCUCUCUCUGUGUACCACCUCCCUGCUCAGUGUCCUCCAGGCCAUCACCCUCAGCCCCAGGAGCUCCUGGUUGGCCAAAUUCAAACAGGCAUCUUCCCGUUACAGCCUGUUUGCUUUUAUUUUCUUGUGGAUCUUCAAUUUGUCCAUGAGUGCUCGUUUCUUAAUCAACACUGUCGCUUCAGCAAAUCAUACAUCCAAAUCGAUAAGGUUUGUCACUAAUUCCUGUUCUAUUAGAACCCUCAACUACUCUCUCAGCAACAUAUUUGACGUAUUGUGGAUCUUCCGGGACAUCUUCCUUACAGGGCUCAUGGCCCUCUCCAGUGCCUACAUGGUGACCCUCCUGUGCAGGCACAAGAGGCAGUCCCAGCACCUCCACAGCACCAGCCUUUCUCCAAGAGCCUCCCCAGAGCUGAGGGCCACCCGCACCAUCCUGCUGCUCAUGGGCGUGUUUGUUCUGAUGUACGUGAUGGACUGCAUUGUGUACGCUUUUUCAUGGGUGUGGAGGAAGAGUGACCCAAUUCUCCUGUGUGUCCAUAUGUUGGUGGGCAUUGGCUAUGCCUCCAUUGGUCCAUUGGUACUAAUCAGCAGAGAAAAGCGAAUCAUCAGGCUUUUAAAAUUCAUUGUGAGAUGGUAA